UGCCGAAAUGGCUGCCAAAGAUAUUGUAUUUUGUCAGUGAUAUUUAGUUCCAAUACAAACUGUGGUCCAAAUUAUAAAUCUUCUCAUAUUUGCAAGCAAUACUGGCCUUAAUUUAAAAGCCAAGCUAUGAAGCAUGAGGUUUUGGAAGAUCCACUUUGGUGCCUUGAUACAGAAGUCGCUUUUUAUCCUUCUGGCAUUGGCCGUAUUUUUAACAUGGAAAUCGUUCCAGAACAUGCGAGAUACAAAUUGGAUUGAGCAUGGUGUGUUUUCACGAGGUACCGUGACAUUCCCUGUUCGGAACUGUAGAGGAAUUGACACAAAUAAAGCAGGGUCCGUAAACACGGCAAAGUAUAUGUUUUUCAACAGAUCUGCGAAUGUAUACAAACGCGUUCUGAUUUUGUCCAGAAAAGCUUUGGUUUUGCGAGGCUUGUUGCAUCUUCUAGAAGGACAUCGCAUUGAGUACGAUAUUCAUCACUUGGAAGGAGAAAAACGUGAUGUUUUGCCAUCAUUGACCGAGAAGGAUGCUGGAAAAUAUUCUACUGUUAUAUUCACAAGUUAUAGCAUUUAUUUUGGGAUGAGUUUGUGGAAUAGACGACUGUUAGAUAAUUAUUGUCGUUCCUUCGGGGUGGGAAUGAUAUUAUUCAACCGUGCUGAACCAAGCACUUUAAAAAAUACCGAGUUGUUUCCUUUUAAAGUGCACACAAGUGUUCGACAGUUCAAAUCAUAUCAUCUCUCUAGUAAUGCUACAAUUCUACGGCUUCUUAAAGGAAAUGUUUUAGAUUCCGAAGGCAAACACGACACAAAGAAAUGGUCAAUUUUUAUCCCAGAGAGAAAUACAGACUUUAAAAGGAGUUUUGAAGUUAUAGCAAAGUGUAGUUUUAUUAAUGCCACUUUUGAAAGUAAAAUAAAAAUAUAUGGAAAUCCAGUGGAGUUUCCUGUUGUUGUCCAUGAUCUGGGAAAAAGAGACAGAAUUCAUAAAAUAUAUUUUGGGGCAGGUUUGUCAUUCUGGCCUCACAAACUAUUAUUUCUUGAUGCACUCAGGUUUGUGUCCCGGCAAAAGCUAUCCAGAACAUUGGUAAGGUGGAUUCAAGUGGAUGUUGAUGAUAUAUUUGUCGGCAGAACUGGAAUACGAAUGAAAACUGAGGAUGUGAAGGCCAUGAUAAUUGCUCAACAUGAUCUUCAAAAAGUUGUACCUGGUUUUAAAUUUAAUCUUGGAUUCUCGGGAAAGUUUUAUCAACAUGGAAAUAAAGAGGAAAACGAAGGCGACCAGGAGAUAAUAGAAAAUGCCAAUGAGUUCAGGUGGUUUGAUCACACCUGGUCUCAUAAGCAACCACAUCAGGUCAAUAAUCUUCAAGAUAUGAAAGAUUUGAUUAUUUUAAACAUGCAAUUUGCAAAGAAAUACAAUAUUCCUGUGGACACAUCUUACUCAGUUGCACCCCAUCAUUCUGGAGUGUAUCCUGUUUGUGAUAUCUUAUAUGAAGCCUGGAAGGCAACUGCAGGUGUGCAAGUCACUUCAACUGAAGAAUAUCCUCAUCUCAGGCCACCUUGGAGAAGAAAAGGGUUUAUUCAUCAUGGUGUUAUGGUUUUACCCCGUCAGACCUGUGGUCUUUUUACACACAAUCUAUUUUUGGAUGAAUAUCCUGGUGGUAAAGAGGUUCUUCUCAACAGCAUUUACGGAGGAGACUUGUUCGAGACUAUCGUUAACAACCCUAUCAGCAUCUUCAUGACUCAUCUGUCAAACUACGGGAACGAUCGCCUGGCCUUGUACACCUUCACCAAUGUUAUAAAGUUUAUUCAAUGCUGGACCAACCUUCGUCUUAUGUCAUUACCUCCGCUGGAGCUGGGAAAGAAAUAUUUUGAAUUGUUUCCUGGGGAGGUUGAACCAGUUUGGAAUAAACCUUGCAAAGACCCACGUCAUAAAGAAAUCUGGCCAUCGUGGAGACCAUGCAACAGACUUCCUUCCUUCCUGGUCGUUGGACCUCAGAAGACGGGCACGACUGCGUUACACAUGUUCCUCUCUGUACAUCCGGAAGUGCUUAAGAAUAAGGAAAAUGAAAAAUCGUACGAAGAAACACAGUUUUUCGCCUCUUCAAACUAUUUUAAAGGCGUUGAUUGGUACAUGAACAAUUUUCCUGAUAUUCCCGCAAAUUCUUCAAAAUUGUUGUUUGAAAAGACUGCAAAUUAUUUCGACUCGAUGAAAGCUCCAUUACGGGUCCAAGCGUUGCUCCCAGAAGCGAAGAUUAUCGUUAUUUUGAACGACCCUGUUAGGAGAGCGUAUUCCUGGUAUCAGCAUAUGCGAGCUCACGGUGACAAGAUCGCGUUGAAGGUCGAAUUUUAUGACUUGCUGAACAUGGGUAUGAAUGUCAGUGGACCACUAAAAAAUUUAAAAACUCGCUGUUUAAGACCUGGGUUAUAUGCAGAACACCUUGAGAGAUGGAUGAUGCACUUCCCAAUUAACCAGAUUUUGACCGUUGACGGCGACCAACUCAAAUCUGAUCCCGUACAAGUGAUGGAUCAAGUUCAGUCAUUUAUUGGUGUGAAGAAAAAGAUUGAUUAUGGAACAAUCUUAAAGUACAAUGAGCGUAAGGGAUUUUUCUGCUUGGCAAGUCGUUCACACCACGGCCAUUCGUGUUUGGGCAGUUCCAAGGGACGCAAAUAUCCUCCGUUGGCGCAAAAAGCUGAGAAAUAUCUUAACGAUUAUUACAGAGAACCUAACAGACGACUGGCAGAAUUGCUGCACAAAAUACGACGACCCGUACCGCCGUGGCUUCGAACUGCUGCCGCGAUACAAUGAUAUAAUAAAAAUAAUAGUUUUAUAUUUUAAAAUAUAUGUACAUACUUAUAUAUUCGUUGUUUUCAAAUACCUCGAUUCUCCUUACACAUGCAAUCAUCAAACAUCUUAAUUCAGAGCUACUUUUCAAUAUAUAAAACGUUUUUACCCAACGAAAUCCCCGAGGUACGAGGACUGCUAAUUUCCGAAAAGGUAAACUGUGUCUGUGCAGCGUCCCGUUUCUGAGAUUCUCAUACUUUCUCAGAAAGAAUUUCUAUACACUGGCCUAAAAUACUAAAAUAUUUAUUUUGUUAAGACUUAUCGUCAACCGAAAUUCUUAAGUAACACCAUUGCAUUAGAUUAAGUAGGAUAUAAGUUCAAUGCAUGCAUGAACAAUGUCUUGUAAAAAUACAGUUCGUCGUCGGUGUCACCAACGCUCUCCUUAUUGAUAAUAGGGACGUGGAUAGGCGGUCCGGUUUGCUAUUUAUAUAGCGAUGAGUUUUUCAUAUGCGGUGUCUGGAGUUAUUUGUCCCGGUUCUUUCAACUAAUUUUAUAAAGGGCGAAAAAGUUGAAUUCAAAUUCAAAGU